CCCCACCCCCCUCCACAAGGAAUCAUCAAGAUGGCAAAGAAGAUUGCUUACCUCUGUUUGCUGGUUUCCUUUCUCUCCAUACAGUUCGGAGAAACUGCACAGUGUAUGCCAGAUAAAGAUUACCCCUGCAGGGCUAAAUGCAAUGGGACAAGUUUUGACCUCUCCAAAGUGUUUGACUUCCCAUUGAAUAUAUCGGAGCCAUCUCCCAGAAGUGAUGGUAGGCUAUACUCUUAUGUAUGGGACCCCUGUCACAGCUAUGCUUGCCCUGGAUAUCCUGCUGCCGGAACAGACUGUGCAGUCUGUCAAUUGGCCAAUCUCUUCUACAACUGUGGACAGACGAGUGAGCCCAUCUGGCUGAUGGACGCGUACGACAACACAAAAGAGGAGUUCCCCAACUGGCAGGUGCAGUACACCUUCGGAACCACCUGGAGAGUCACUAUCUUCAACUUUAUUGUUGAUCACACUGUGAAAGAACCAACUGUCAAGUUUGUUAGUGAAGAACCUGGCCUUCAAUAUAAUUUUGAGGUGAGAGGAAAAUGCAUCGGACAAGAUACAUUUGACUGUCAGAAAUACUACAGCUCCAGAAAAUAAUAAUUCUGUGUGCUUAUUUGUACUAAUUGUUUGUGUGCUUAUUUGCACUAAUUAUCUGUGUGCCAUGCAAAUUGUGGUAAUUUGAAUCCUUUGA